AUGGUACACCUUGACACCCCUUGUCCGGAUACUGGCAUUUUCACCACGGAGGAGGUGCGGCCGCGGUCGAAGCCUUGCAAGUCAACUUCGCGCAUCGUUUCCUUACCUCGUAACCACUACAAGGAGCCACCGAAUCUGGCAGCUGGAUUUAGAUCACUUGACCUGUCGUCAGAGGCACCUGUUAGAGCGAACUUGGUGGCAGACAAGAUCACCACAGACUCGUUUCGAAUAACUCUGGAGACCUGGGGCGACCGAUCGAUACUAUAUUCGGCGAGCGCGACGUGGAUUGAGCACAAGGCCAACGCUAAAGACUGCCUGUUCGGUCAGUUCGACACACAUGACCUUCCCGCGAACCAUGGAGCAAGCAAGAGGGGGGCACAACAAGAGAACUCGCGAAACUUCACCUUUCCCCAGGCCUUCAAGGAGGACUGCGAUAUCAUCUGCUGGCUGAACCGGAUAGACAUGGCCAGUGGCGACAGGAACUAUCGCAUAAGAGCCUAUGCGACUAAUAUUAGCCGCACCGGGUUCACUGCCCAUAUCGACACUUGGGGAGACAGUCUCCUCUUCGGAGGCGCAAUGUGCUGGAUCGCAUUUCCGAAACGCAAACGCUAUGUACAAGCAGGAAGCUUCCAAACAGGGGACGUCAGGAGCUGGAGCAAUCCGAUACCCGAGACCAAAUCGCAAGUCAAGUUUGAGGCGGGGGCGUUCAAGUCGCAUAGACCUGCUCCGACAGUCUUGUGCGCGCUGAACAUGAUUGAUAUGGCAGGCAACGCCGACUUAAGGGUCGCUGUUGACGUACGCGAUAUCGACACACAAGGAUUCCGUUGGUCUUUGAAGACGUUUGAGGACAGUACGCUGUACGCUGCUGGUGCGAGUUGGAUAGCUCUUGGUUUCGCAUGA